AAAGUUCGCAAAUUUUUUAUCUUUUUGUUGUCGGGGGGAUAAUUGAUGGAGCUCUCCUGAAGAGAAUAGGAGCAUUUCCCAAGCGAGAAAAUCCCAAUUUGGCGAGCCAGAACGAAGCAGAGAGGAAGAUGAUGCUGCGGUGCGGAAACGUGCCCCCGCUCGUCGCCUGUCGGCCUUCGUCGAGACCCGUGUGUUUCGCUUCCGCCCGCGCCACUGACACGGAGCAACUGCGCUCUCAGCUCGAUCAGCUCCACGCGGAGGCAGAAACCACCCGGACCAAAGCAAAUAAUGCGAGAUUGCGGCUAUUGCGGUUAUCCGAGGCUGCAGAGAAGUUUCGGCGACAGGCAUCCAUCAAUGUCCAAACAGGGAAGGAAAAUGAUGCAAGGGAACUGCUGUUUCAGAAGAAGAAAAUAAUGCAGGCUCUGGAGAAGUCAAAUAGCCGGAUUCGGUUGCUGGACGAACUCUCGGCUAAGCUAAAUGAGGCAAUAUCUAUUAAAGAGUCUCAGCUUAUCGGAAAUGUGGCUGCAGAUCUUGAAGUUGGCAGUAAUAAUAUGUCCAAUCCAGUUCAUAUAGUGUCCCCAAAGCAGGACAUUUUGGAAGUUGUACACAAGAAAGAAAGUUUUGAUCCUGACAUUUCAGAAAAGGGUGAAAGGAUAGACUUGGAUGCUUCUCUAAGGCCUGUAGGAAAUCUAGCUUUUGACAAUAAUGCAGACCAUAUCGAGGAACCUAUCAGUGCCAGCGCAAAUAUUGAGAAUCACGUGGUCGAUAGGUCGAAUAGAAUUUCUUCCUUCAAUGAUUUUCUGGAGGGGAUUGAUGAGCAACUAAAGAAGAUUGAAGAAGAACUCAUGACCAUCUCAAGGGUCUCAUCUAUCAUAUUAGAUAUCAAGGAGAAUCGAAAAAAUAUUAGGAUGCAACAAUUAAUUGAACUUAUUGAGAGCGUCAGGGACAUCAGAGAGAGGAUCUCAGGUAUGAUACAGAAGGUGGAGACUACAUAGUUUGCAAAAUAUUGUGUUUGGUUAUCUUCUAGCUGGUGCACUUGAUGUAUAAAGGUCACCCAACCUUCAGUUCCCUGCACUCUGGUUAUAAAGAGCAAGGGAUUGCUUUCGAGGAAAAUUUGCCAUGUCGAUUGUUAAUCAAUGUGGGGUUCAGUCACUUUCCAUGAGAUCAGCAAGCAUGAUUUUGCUGCAGUUGCUGUUGUCUAUAAUGCCAAAUUGGUUGCAGAUCGGAUCGGAACAAUGUCCUUUUCAGCUAUUUUAUCCAUCUCUUUAAGCUUGUACAUGACGUACUCAGCUUUGCUGCAGGGAUCAUAGUCUAGAUUAGAAUUUCUUCCUUUCUUGGAGCUGUUUUAUUUGGUGCUAUAAAAACUCAGAAGAAAGUGAGGAAUGUAUUUCAACAGAGUGUAUCGUAUGAAAAUAGUCCCAAUUUCGAAGACAAGCUUCAAAAUAA